UCUCUCUUUAUCUCUCUCUCUCUGUCUGCUUCACCCCUUUCCCCUCUACUCUCUGUCAUACUACACAUUGAGAAAAAUGGGGAGAGCGACAAGGUGGCUGAAGGGUUUGUUUGGGAUAAAGAGAGAAAAAGAACAAAAGGAGAACACAAAUCCAAAUGACGGGAAAGAGAAGAAACUGUGGGUUUUGGGUCAUUCUGGGAGAGACUGUGAUGGGUUAUGUCAGAAUCCAUCAACUAUACCACCAAACAUAACUGCUUCAGAGGCAGCUUGGCUGAAAUCUUUCUACAGUGAGAAUGAGAAGGAGCAGAACAAGCAUGCCAUUGCGGUGGCUGCUGCAACCGCUGCAGCUGCAGACGCUGCCGUUGCGGCUGCAAAGGCAGCCGUGGCGGUGGUUAGGCUCACUAGUCAAGGCAGAGGCACCAUGUUUGGUGGUGAAAAGUGGGCUGCGGUCAAGAUCCAGACUGUCUUCCGAGGAUUCUUGGCAAGAAAAGCACUUAGGGCUCUAAAAGGGCUGGUGAAGCUACAAGCUCUUGUUAGAGGGUAUUUGGUACGAAAACAAGCAACUGCAACACUUCAUAGCAUGCAAGCUUUAAUAAGAGCACAAGCCAGUGUCCGUGCCCAAAGAACUCGUGGGAUCAUUCAGAAUGAUGAGAAUUUUCAGCCCCAAUUUCGAGCCCGAAAAUCCGUCUUUGAGGAUACAAGAAGUGAACACACAAUGUCAAGUCACAGCCGAAGGCUCUCUGCAUCAUUUGAGACAGCUAUAAAUGCAAUUGAUGAGAGCCCAAAGAUUGUGGAGGUGGAUACAGGCAGGCCCAAAUCAAGAUCCAGAAGAAGCAGUACAUGGGUGUCAGAUUCCGGCUAUGACCCAUAUGGCCAAACACUCUCCUCCCCAUUCCCAAGUCGAUUUCCGGCACGUUUAUCAAUACCCGACUGCCGGAACUGCCAUGACUCCGGCUGGGGCCUAAUUGGCGACGAAUGCCGGUUCUCCACAGCCCAAAGCACCCCUAGGUUUGCCAAUUCUUGUGGGUCUAAUGACCCAGUCACACCAGCAAAGAGUGUUUGUGUUGAUAGUUUUUUCAGGCAAUAUGCAAACUACCCAAAUUACAUGGCAAAUACGAAAUCAUUCAAAGCUAAGUUGAGGUCUCAAAGUGCUCCUAAGCAAAGGCCUGAGCCAGGGCCCAAGAAGAGGCUAUCACUCAAUGAAAUGAUGGACUCAAGGAACAGCCUAAGUGGGGUUAGAAUGCAAAAGUCAUGCUCACAAGUUCAAGAAGUCAUUAAUUUUAAGAAUGCUGUGAUGGGUAAGCUUGAAAGAUCUACAUAUUUUGUUAGAGAUCAGACGACAGAGAGACUGUCAUAUGGAAGGGAAAUGGUGAGAGAUUGAAGACAAUGAAAAAGACAGUAGACAGAGAGAGAGAUGGCUACCACUGCUUUUAACAUUGUGUAACCCCACAGGCGUAGAUGGUGAUAGAACAGAGCAGAAUGUGUCUAAAGUAACAGGCAAUAUUUCAUUUAAAAUAGCAUUGCAUAAGUUAUAAGGUAUUAUCUGGUAAUGAAUCAACUUUUAUUAAUGCUUUGCAUAUCAUUUGAUGUUUUUGGUUUGGACUAAUUAUUGUUAUUGGG